CAAGAAUCUCAGGUGUAGGCUCCUCAGGCAGCAUGUAUAAUUAGAAUACCGAAGUGGAGGUGAUUUCUCAUGAAUUUGACAAACUGCUGCGACACUCAUGCUGGAAGUGUUUUUCGAAUAAUCAAAUUGACUUCUGCUGCUCAUGCAUCUAGUUUCUCGUCUGGCGAUACUGAAAAUUUCAACUAGUUUCGCACCUCAACAAAAUGGGUGAACUUGCGAGCGAACUGCUAGCAAUUUCUGAUCACCCGGCGGCACGCGUCGAAGUGGAUUGCGGAACACCAGAACAAGAUGAGGUUGCUGGAGUGCCGUUGAAAGAUAGACCAGGCAGUCUGGAUCUGGCUCGUGAGACGUCAGACACCAUCUACUUUCGUGGACUCUCACCGAAGUGGCUGAGCGAUGCUGGUGUGAUAGAGCUCCUACAGCACUUCCGGAUAGCGGUGGAAAUAGACCUUUCUGAAAGAAGAAAAGCGGGUAGCGGGAGCGUUUGGGCGAGGUACGCCACUGUCGAGGAUGCUGGUUUUGUGCUGUUGGCGCUACACCGACUGCAGUUCCAGGGCUACUUUGGGGGCUUGGCGCUGAUGAGUAGCUUUGAACUUGGCCCUGGGGAGGCUGGUGUGCGCAAUCGCAGUACCAUGAACUAUAAUCCGGUCGUACGUCGCGUGCAACCGCUAGCAGAACGGGCCUUGCCAUCUGUUGCAGACUGGUUGCGGGAUCGUGAUGCAGGCCGUCAUCGAAGCGACGCAAUAUGGCAAAAACAAGGUAAAACGGCAAAGACAAAGAUCAACAAGGGCACGGCCCUCGUGGAGGACGCUCAAGUGGAUGGUCGACAGAGCGAGGGUUCGACAACUAAAGAGGAAACUACACAGCAAAACCUUUUCUCCGCGACAUCUACGGCGAAGCAGAUUAGGCCAAAAUCUAAGGCCGCAAAGACAACGCAGGCACAGGGGUUGCUCUAUGCGACACCGGACGUUGCCGUAAGCAAAACCGGGCGAUCAAGCAAACCCGCGCGAACGAAUGAGAAGGCUUUCAAGUGGGGAUUUCAUUCUGUGGAUGGCGCUGCAAUUGGCUCGGAUUCUGAAGAGCAGGUGACCGCGACGCCUGACACGUCUUCUCUAACAGCAACCCCCAAUACUGCAUCCUUAUCGUUGACGGCAACUCCCUCAGUGUUGGUGGAUCAGGAUAAGUCUUUGGACACGGGCGACUUAACAAAUGCUGGCACUGCAGAAGCAAGUGACGAGCCUCUCAAUGAUGGCGUCAAAAAAGACACACUACCCUCAAAGCCAACGACAGGUAAGAAACACAAUACAGAAGUGUCGAAGACGAAGCGGCCUGUGCGACAACUUGUGAAAAAUCCACAAGUCGCCCUUUAUCGCGUGCAAGACGCGCAAUACCAGCAGAAGGCGUUCGUAAUCAACAAAGAGACGAAGUAUCCUAUGCCUUCUGGCGUGUACCUGUCUCGUGUUUUGCGACUCACCCGAUCCCUUGUUCUACCGAGCACGAACACAUCUUCAUCUUCUAGUACAAACGAAGUAGUGGAUCGCAAAGAUCAGCAGGGCCACUUUGCUGUGCGCGACGAAAAGAACUAUUUGUCAAUGCUCUUGCGGCGAGUGGGUGACGUCGAUCUCCUAGGGGGGUUGAAAAACUACGACAAGGAAUUGACAGAGAGCAUGAGCAUGGUGGAUGCGAUCGAGCGUGCGGUACGGUUGUUUCUGCUGAGUAGUCCAGCAGCCUUGCGCAACGUCAAAGUUUUUGUCAUCGGGGACGGCCGUCAUGCGCUCACAGCUUGCUGCUUGCGUGCCUUUCUCGCGACGCCGCGACCAACUGAGCAGAAGACUUUAGCACCAGAAGGACAUGAUCCUCAAGGAACCGAAAAAAGUGUCAAUGGACUAGAGGAUGAAGGAUCAGAACGAGCGCGCGCAGUCGCGGAUUGGCAAUGGUUUUCUGUCGACCCUAUACUAGAACCCUCGGACGAAUUAGCGAGUAUACCUAAUUUCCAUCAGCGACGCAUGAUGUCCCAAGAUUUCGAUAUCCCCGCAGAACUCAAAGCAGCAGGCUGUGACGACUGGGAGCGUUUUUCCAGAGGCGCUGUCGAGGAAGACUUAUUCUGCUGCGCGCCUGUUGAUGCUGGGGAUGAAGGCGAGGAUAGAUAUUCCGGAGCUUCUCUUGGGAUGAGCGUCCCAAGAACCGCCGCUCUUGGAGGACGCCUUGCGAACAACAUCUCAGCAUCGUCAUCUUUCUCGAGUUCUGAGACUGACAAACUAGGUACAGCAACAACACUGGCAGAACAAGCACAAGCCCCUACUUUUUCUGUGGGGGAUGAAAUGGUUGAGUUUUCUCGUGUGCGUGAUACACUUUCCAUAGUCGUUGCGUGCCACAGCCACGCACCACUUGUGGAGUUCUGGAACAGGCUCCCUGCACCGAAGAUUGCUGCUACUUUGCCGUGUUGUGAAAAUUAUUCAGAUCUACGUAAGUCCCCGGACCUCCAGUACGAUGACUUCGAAAUUUUCACCCCAAAACGUAGAGUAAAGCUCUACAAGACUCUCUGAUGAUGGAAAAGAACAAGUUAGUUACAGUCAACCUUCACAACUCCAUUUGGCAACGAACACGUAUUCUGGCUCAUGAACGUUCGCUGGAACGAAGCUAAGCCCCACUGAAAAAUGACUGCCGAAUCAAAAACAUAUGAAGCGUAAUCGCCUCUGUUCACUGUCCUUCUUCAUCGAUUUUUGAUCAUGUAGUCCCGACCUUCACAACACUAUCUAUGAC